AUGUCUGACAAUGAGAGUGUUCUUGUUAAUGUUUUGACAAAACGAAUAAAUGUUUUAAAUUAUACAACAUUAGAUGAAAAUGAAUAUAAUGAAGCGUAUUUUAAACAUAUUGGCUUAACUAAUGUUGAUAUACGGUCGUAUCAAUUACAUGGAAUUCGAUGGCUUAUCGAACGAUACGAAAAAGGACAUGGAGCAAUUCUUAGCGAUGAAAUGGGUCUUGGAAAAACAUUACAAACAAUUGGAUUCUUAUUGUAUGUAUGUAAAGCAAAGAAACAAUUUCCAUCGAUUGUCAUUAGUCCAUUAUCUGUCCUACAAAAUUGGACAAAAGAAUUAUCACGAUUUGCUCCUGGAUUGAAUAUUCAAAUAUUUACUGGUGCCAAAGAUGAACGAAAUGAACUCGCGGAAACAAUUAAAAAAUCGAAAUUCGAUAUUUUAUUAACAACAUAUGAGUACAUCUUGAAAGAUACAACUUUUUUUCAAUCGUUUAAUUGGAAAGUUUUAAUUAUUGAUGAAGCACAUCGAAUUAAAAAUUCUCAAUCACUUUUACAUGGUGCUCUCAAAACGUUGAACGUAUCAUGUCGAAUACUUCUUACGGGUACACCAAUUCAAAAUAAUCUAUCUGAACUUUAUUCGUUAUUAUCAUUUUGUGCACCGAAUGUAUUUUAUUCAACGCAUCACGAAGAUUUUGUUCAAUAUUUUCAAAAUAUCAAUAAAGACGAAACUCGUAAGAAAAUAUUAAUUAGUUUUUUAAAACCAUUUGUUUUACGACGAUUAAAACGUGAUGUACUCACUGAUUUACCAGAUAAAACUGAAUUGAUGAUUUAUCAUGAUUUAUCAAAAAUUCAAAAAGAACUUUAUAAAGCUAUAUUGACAAAAAACCGAUCUAUAUUUGGCCCGACUGAAGCAGGAAGUAAAACAAGCUUAGUGAAUAUAAUGAUGCAAUUAAGAAAAGCUAUUGGACAUCCAUAUCUAUUUCCUGGCGUUGAACCUGAACCAUUUGAAAUGGGUGAACAUUUAAUUGAAGCAAGUGGUAAACUUCAUAUAUUGGAUCAUCUUCUUGCACAUUUAUAUGCUAAGAAACAUAAGGUACUUCUAUUUUCACAAUUUACAAUGGUUCUCGAUGUUUUACAAGAUUAUUUAACUUAUCGUGAAAUCUACAAAUACGAACGUUUGGAUGGUUCGGUACGAAGUGAAGAAAGAUUUUUAGCUAUUAAUAAUUUCAAUACUAAAGAUGAUACAUUUAUAUUCUUGUUGAGUACAAAAGCAGGUGGUGUUGGUUUAAAUCUUGUGGCAGCUGAUACAGUUAUUUUUUAUGAUUCGGAUUUUAAUCCACAAAAUGAUUUACAAGCAGCUGAUCGAUGUCAUCGUAUUGGACAAAAAAGACCAGUACGAAUUAUUCGUCUUGUUUGUCAAAAUUCUUUUGAAGAAGUUAUCCUUCGUAGAGCAGAAGUCAAAUUGAAAUUAUCAAAAACAAUUAUGGAAAAUGGUGAAUUAGCAUCUGGUCUAAAUACAGUUAUAGAAACGAAAACACAGCUUCAAGAUGUACUUAGAAUUGGCAUUGAUAAAUUAUUAGAUGAAACAGCACAAAUGGAUUAUACAAAGAUUGAUUUCAACGAUAUUUUGGGUGAAACUGAUAAAAAUGGUCAUUGGCUCGCUCUAGCUGAGAAUAAAGAAAAUGAAGAUAAAGAAUUAUUACCAUCGGGCAGCACUAAUGAUGAUAGCAUGUACGUAUUCGAAGGUGUUGAUUAUCGCGAUGCUGCUAAAAAACCGGACAUUGAUCUAUUUGAUCGUCUUAUAACAACUGAUGAAAAAGCAAGUAGCACAACUGGAAGUUUAUCGAACCAUCGUACUAUUGAACGAACACAACGACAUCAAAUGACUGAAGAAGAAAAAGUAGCUCGUGCAGCAAAAAUCCGUGAAACGAAAGCCCGACAACAACAAGAAAUGGAAGAAGCAGAACGAAGACGUGAGGAACGUCGUAAAGCAAAACGGGAACAAUUAUGGACAUCAAACAAUUAUUGUUCUUGUCGUGUAUUAUUAUCCGAAGAUGAAGAUGAAGAAACUGAUGAAACAGCUCUAUCUGAUAGUGAUGAUGAUAGUAGCGGUGAGACAAAGUUACAUUAUGUUUUUGGCGAUGUAAUGAAACCUCAAUUACAUGGAGAGAAAUGUGCUAUUUCAGUUCAUUGCGUUGAUGAUUCUGGUCGAUGGCCAGCAAAAGGUGUAUUCGCUUCAAUUUCUAAACGUUCAAAAGAGCCAGAAAAACAAUAUACACUUGCUGCAGAAAUGGACGAUAUUAAUAUGGGCGAUGCACAUGUAAUUUCACUAAAUGAUUGUGUGAUUGACGAUGAGCCAGAAUGCGAUCAAUAUGUAGCCUUGAUUGUUGCUCAACAUCGGUAUAAAUUUGAUUUUACUGCUCUCGAUUCUGCUCUCAGAGGCCUAGCAAAACGAGCGAAAGAACUCAAAGCAAGUGUUCAUUUACCUCGCAUUGGUGUUGGUUCUCAAGGUUUCAACUGGUAUGGCACUGAAAAAUUGAUUAAAAAGUAUUUAUCUUCUUGUCGUAUUCCGACAUAUAUUUAUUAUUUCAAACGUGAUGGUUCUGCAACGAAUAAUAAACGAUCAAAUGAAGAAUCUCUUGGAAAUAAUAAACGGAUGACUACAGAAAAGAAAACAAACCAUAAAGAUCGAUUGAAAAUACAUUUGCCUAGUUAUUUAUCUGGUAUACAUAUUUUCUUUCAUGAAAUUGAUGAUAACACGAAAAGAAGAUUGCAACGUUUUAUUUAUGCUUUCGAUGGUGAUGUUGAUGAGAAGGCUGAUUCUAAUACGACCACGCAUAUUUUAACUUCAGGCGAAUGUCGGGAUGUGCUCGCUUUGAAAGACGCAUGUUCAAAUGCUCUUAUUGUUAACGUUGAGUGGCUUGAUGUAUGUGUAAGUCAGGGAAGAAAACUCCAUACUGAUAUUUAUGAACUGUGA